AUGGCGCUGCCUAUUUUGACUGACGAGAUGACCACGGACCUCCUCAAGAGAGUGGAUUCACUGGAGCAGUUGGUAAACAAAGCCCUCACGCUCGCCCACGCACAGUCAAAUCCAUCAACUCGCCACUCUCGACAACGCAAUACGCGGACCAAUUUGACCAUCAGCCUCAGUGAAUUCGAAGAAAUUUCCAAGUGUCUCACCCAGCUGAAGGAAGACUUGAAGUCCGCUGGGGAAGGCCGAAAGCUCACGCAACAGAGGACUCGUGGCAUUCCCACAAACGAAACAUCGCUGUUGGCCGACGGCGGUGACAGCCAACGGGUAGGAAAUGAAGUGUCAAUGGGUGCCGACUCAGUCUUUCGUAGGAGGGACAUGGGAAUGGAGCUGGUGGAGAGCCUUCGCCGGUACGGCACCGACUUCGCCGGCACGAUUCACAUCUCCGACCUUGGGCACUUUGACCUGGCAAGUAUCUCGAAAAGACUUGCUCAACCAGACCCAGAGGCAUAUUCUUCGCUCUUCGUACGGCACCUGUCCAGCUCCAAGAGUGGAUCCUCAAGGCUUGUCCUUUCCGAGGGAGAGGGCCUCGACUUUCCGGAUUUCUCAGAGUUCCCACAACGUCCGCAAGGAUAUGAGAAGUCAUUCGAGAACAUCAUCGCUUCACCCCCACAGGAGCCCAUCUUCUACUACGUGGGCCCCCCUCUUGCUCCGGACUUCAAUACUCUGCUCAGCCCUGGGAAAUUGCUUGAGCUUGGAGAGAUUCCAGGUGUAAACACACCUUAUUGGCAUGUUGGCGAGAAAGGCUCUGGGACCGCCUUCCACUAUGAGGACGCGGCUAUACGAUCCUGUAAUGUCACAAUCACCGGCUUCAAAUUGUGGAUCCUUGUCGAUGUAUCUUCAAACGACGACUUCGAAAGCUUUGUCACAAGUCUUGAACCUUCAGCAGCUGAGCAACCUCGGUGUGGGCAGUGGCUUCGACACCUGAAUAUCCUUGUUUCUCCUGAGAAGCUUACGGAACAGGGUAUCAGAUUUGACCUUAUUCUUGCUGGUCCUGGAGAUAUGGUCGUCACCGCACCACACCAAUACCACGCAGUCUUGAAUCUGACAGCAUGUUUUGCUGUUGCGAUCAACUUUGUACUUCCGGAGGACCCUCUUCUAUCACCGAGUCUCGUUUGUUCGAAGUGCGGGCUCUAUGGGCUCCAGCACACUGCUAUCGAGAAGAUUAAGAGGCCAGUGCGACGCGUCCUUCCGGAAAGGGGACAGAACCAAGCGUACAGAUCUAUCGCUCCGUUCCCUGAGCCUGUUGAAGUUGUAAUGGAGCCGGCUGGUGGCCUUUGUCGGCAAGAUGCGGCUUCUGUGGAAACGUCUAUCCGGGAUGCAGGGUCGGGAUAUUCACCAAAUGAAGACUCUGAUGAUUCAGAUGCUGACGAAGAUGAGGCCGGGACUGAGGCUCAGCUUGAUGAUGCUAUCUCCGAGAGUACAUCGGAGCAGAACGAGGACGGGGAGGAUAUCACGUCGGAUAAACAACAAGGUGAUUCCCACCGCGUCGCUGGCUCGUCUUCACCGUCCCCUUCUGUCGACUCUUCCACACCGAGCCCGGCCCGCCCUGGGCUUAAACGAGUGGCAUCAAGUCGCGAAGUCUCCAAGCGGUCAAAAAAGCGUCGGUCUCCGCCCCUCGAAAACGGUUCAUGCUUCCAUAUGGAGCUACGACCCGCCCCUGCCUCAAAGGCCUCCCAAGUCUUCAAAUUGCUCCGCAGUCAGUGCGCGAUAAAGCAAUUCUGCAGCCUGAUCAGCACAAAACGGGACUCGCAGCUUCACAGAGUCUUCACGUCAGUACAGAAGAGUGCAGCACGGCGCCUGAUCGCCAUGGGAAACGUCGAAACUAGCUGCAGGGCCCUGAAACUUAUCAAUCAAUAUCUUUUUGCUGUUGGUCUUCAGAGGAAAAGAAUUGGUCAGCGACUCGACUCGUCAGACAAACGGAAGAUCCUCAUGGAAACAGGAAUGAGUGACAACCAGUACAAGGUCAACAAACGAGACGGCGAAAUCUUUCAAAAGCUAUGUGGGUCCUUUGACGGCAUAUUGUGCUUCCUUCCUCUUGAAAAGUGUUUCGAAUGGCAGCAGUCAAUCACAGACUACAUGAAAAUGGACGACCCUGAGUUCGAAGAACUCCAAAGGCUCCUUCAAAAAGAUGAGGUCUACUUCAAGAACCUCUGCGUGGCAGGAAAGGCUUUCCAGCAAUCUCUAGGUGGUCGUGAUACCUACUUUGCGUGGGAAACCUCUAAUUUGAACAAACCUUUACACGAACUGCCAGAGGCCAACAUAUUACAGUACAUCAAGCCGGUUCGAUUACAAGAGGAUAUUUUCAACGCAACACAACAUCCAAACUGGCCAGACCCAUGGGCAAUACCGCGUACAGAGACGCCAUGCUACUGCUCAUCUCGAUCUUGCAGCUGCUAUGACGCUAAGACAUCAGAGGCGAAGCUUCGAAUCAUGCUAUCCCCCAUGAAACAACUCCAUCUACAGGCCGUCUCGGCAGACCCUCAGGCAAUUGUCUUCAAAAGCAAGGAGCUCCUUGGAUUCCUUACGGGAAAGCUGGUACCACCUAGGACCCUGGACGAUCAAGACUGGGUAUUUGAUACCCAAAAAUGCCAGGUUGACUGUCGUGAUGAGAGCAAUGAAUUCAAGCUUCUGCACCACGCCUGCCAGGUGCAUGCUGUCGCGGAACUGACGGAAGAGAGGGUUUCUGGCCGCAUCAGGCUUGCUGUCGUUGCCAGAAAGGACAUUUGUGAUGGUGAAAAGAUCACAGUCUGCUUCAAGAGUGGGCACAAAACCUGUGCAGAAUGUGACGGUGGGCUUUGA